AUGACCCCUACAGAACAUACCAUCUACCGCGCAGGCGAUGGCAACGGCGGUUUCUCUCCAUCCUCCGUCAAGCUGCCUGACCUUGGUCCUCAUGAAAUUCUCAUUCGUUUGACUCACAGUGGUGUGUGCCAUUCAGACAUCGUGCUCUGCCAAUUAGGAGCUCCUGUAGCUCUUGGCCACGAGGGAAUUGGCAUUGUCGAGUCAGUUGGCUCGCUGGUGACACAAUUCGAGAUCGGUGAUCGGGCAGGUGGUGGAUUUCACCGCGAUGCUUGCGGUCACUGCAAAUACUGUUUGUCUGGAAGGGAUAUCUAUUGCUACGAGCGUGUGAUAUUUGGCGAAGGAGACUUUGACAAUGGUACCUUUGGUACAUACUAUAUUGGCAAGGAGACAUAUCUCCACAAGAUUCCUGAUAGUCUUGCCAGUGAACAUGCUGCACCUCUUCAGUGCGCGGGCGCUACUGUGUACGCUGCUCUCAAGGCUACAGUGACAGCCGAGAAGCGCGUCGGCAUUCUCGGCAUCGGUGGCCUUGGCCAUCUCGCCAUUCAGUAUGCGGAUAAGAUGGGUGCCGAUGUUGUUGUUUACAGCACAAGCGCUAGCAAGGAGGAUGAGGCACGACAGCUAGGCGCCAAGCAGUUCCAUCUCAUUGAGAACAUGUUUGAUACGGCUACGGCGCCGAUUGACGUUCUUGUCAUUUGUGGAACCAAAUAUCCUGACUGGGAUAAGGUCAUGACUAAGGAGUUCCUCGCUAGAGAUGGAACCAUUGUCCCUCUUGCGGCCCCAGUCCACGGACCUCUGAGCUUACCUGCCGGAGCAAUGUUCUUCCAGGGAUAUCAUGUCUUUUCAAGCCUCGUUGGAUCGCGCAAUAUCCACGACGAGAUGCUUGAGUUCUCUGCACGUCAUGGUGUCAAGCCCAUGGUUCAGAUCUUUAAGCACGAGGGUGCGUCGACGAUCAAGGAGGUCUUUGAGUUGGUCGAGCAGAACAAGAUGAGAUAUAGGGCUGUUCUGGAGAUGCCUAAUUAG